AAUACCAAUAACUCCAUUCUUUAUUUUAAUAUAAAUAUUGAGAUGGGUAAGCAACGAAGGAUAAGGCAAAAACUGCACAUAUCCUCCCAAAAAAAGAAAAAACCUGCCACAGAAAGUAUGUCAAUGGAAACUGCGCCUUUAUUACCAAUAACACCCCCAAAAGAAAACAUUUUCGCCGGUUUAAACAUCGAUUUUACAAACUUAAAGAAAAACCUCAACGAUGAUGUGCAAAGCGUAAAAUCCUACAAAUCAGCCAAAUCAGAAGCAGGAUCCAACAAAAUACUCCCCAAAAAGGAGAAAUUAAAACUGCGACGCGACGUUUUAAUGAAGAAAAUCGACGCUGUAAACCAGAUGAAGAAACAACUCAAAGUGAGGAAUAAAAGAAAAAACGUGUCUGUAAUCGGAGAUACAAAUCCUUUGCACGAUGCGUUGCCUUCUUUGGAGAGUUUGUUACAAAGUAGGGCUUCCAUGAAGCACAAAGAGAAGGAGCAGCCCAAGAAAAAGGCUGUUGAAAAGUCAAGGAAGAGAAAAAAUAAUCUCCUCACAGGUAUUAAAAUGAUUAAACAGACUUUAAAAAAUAAACAGUUCAGUAAAAACCCUUUGGAGGCUAUAAGUCAGCAUGUAAGGGCUGUUGUUGAUAAUGAAAAAUUAAAUUUAAUAUUAAAAAAGUAGGGUAAUAAUUAAAAAAAAAUUAAUUUGAUUUAUUGGUAAGAAUGGGGUAAGUAGUUAAAUUUUUUCUGACCUAUACUUUUUAUG